AUGUCUCGAUUUGCGCUCAGUCGCAAGGAGGAAGAGGCCAUCGUUGCGCUGUGCAAGACCGAGGCGCUCCGGGCGUGUGAGGCCGACGUUGCCAACUUCUCGGCGUGCGCACAGGGACGGACAGUAUCGGUGGCGUGGAGCUGUCGGGAACAGUUUCGAGCGAUGCAGGCGUGCAUGAAACCUCACAUGUCGGAAGAAAAGAUCGACGCGGCAAAACGGCGGUUCUUCCAGGAAGGCGGGCUUCCCAAACCAGCGCCGUCCGCCUCGACAACCCCUUCAUGA